AUAUGCUUGUUCUCCGCCGCCUCCGCUUCCCGCUGCCACGCCCUCUUCUCGUCUCCUCCUCCUUAGCCCCUCUCUCACCCUCGACCUCUAGUUCCUCCUGUUGGUCGUCGACAGGCGAAGGUAGAAGGGCCAUGGCGUCAUCUCCGUCUUCCGCUUCCGCUGCGGUCGUCGCCGAGGGCUCGGCGGCCCGCCGAUUCUGGAUCGCUGCCUCCACGCGGGAGGCCGCCUUCGCUGCAUACACGCCCUUCCUCCUCUCCCUCGCCGCCGGCAACCUGCGGCUCGACCUCUUCCGCCACUACAUCGAGCAGGACGCCCACUUCUUUCACGCCUUCGCUCGCGCGUACGAAAUGGCCGAAGACUGCGCUGACGAUGAUGACGACAGGGCUACCAUCGCCGCCCUCAGGAAGGCCAUCCUCCAAGAGCUCAACCUCCACGCCUCCGUUUUGAAGAAAAACAGCUCUGCAGGAACACACAUGAAAAAACAGGCGUGGGAGGCACGCGUGAUGGAAAAAAAACGGAGGUGGCACAUGAAAAUACAGGGUGUAAGGCAUGUGUGAUGGGGAAACCUGUAAAAAGAACAGGAGUAUGGAGGUGAAAGGAAAAAAAAGUAAAAAUAGGAACACAUGGAGGGAGAAAAAUUAGGUGGAACAUGGUCACAGAAAAAUCUAGAGGUAGUCCGGGAGAAAAUCUGGAGGUAUAAUGUAAAAAAAGUCCAGGUCACAUGUGGGAUGUAAGGGCGCGAGGACACUUUAGGAAGGAAGAAAAGACGGAGUGGGGAGUUGACCCUACCAAAGAGAUACCUUCAAGUGCAGCUACAACCAAGUACACUGAUUUCCUACUUGCAACUGCGGCUGGAAAAGUUGAUGGCACAAAAGGUUCUGACAAAAUGGUUACUCCAUUUGAGAAGACUAAAAUUGCUGCAUACAUUGUUGGGGCCAUAACUCCAUGCAUGAGGCUUUAUGCAUAUCUAGGCAAAGAACUCAUGGCUUUCCUUAAACAAGAUGAAAAUCAUCCAUAUAAGAAAUGGAUUAACACAUAUGCAUCCAGUGAUUUUGAGAACAAUGCACUCCAAAUAGAAGAAUUGCUGGACAAACUGAGUGUAUCAUUAACUGGUGAGGAACUUGAGAUUAUUGGCAAGCUCUACCAGCAAGCUAUGAAACUGGAAGUGGAGUUCUUUUCUGCUAAGCUUGUAGACCAACCUGUUGUAGCUCCACUUUCAAGAUAUUGUGAUCCAAAAUAUAAACUCUUGAUCUUCUCUGAUUUUGAUUUGACAUGCACUGUUGUUGAUUCGUCUGCCAUUUUGGCGGAGAUCGCAAUUUUGUCAUUCCAAAAGGCAAGUCAAAGUGGGAUUGAUAAUAACCUCGACCGUGCAAAAUCGGGAGAACUGAGAAAUUUGUGGAACAUGCUCUCUAAGCAAUACAUGGAAGAGUAUGAGGAAUGCAUGGAAAGACUACUUCCUCCAGAAGAAUCAAAGUCACUAGAUUAUGAUAAACUGUAUAAAGGCCUGGAGGUGCUUGCUGAGUUUGAGAAGGCUGCAAAUUCUAGGGUUGUCGACUCUGGUGUCCUGAGGGGAAUGAAUUUAGAAGACAUCAGGAAAGCUGGGGAGCGGCUUAUUCUUCAGGGUGGCUGUAAAAAUUUCUUUCAGAAGAUUGUAAAAACAAGGGAGAUCCUCAAUUUGGAUAUCCAUAUUCUUUCCUACUGCUGGUGUGCAGAGCUUAUAAGAUCCGCCUUCUCAUCAGCCGGCUGUCUAGAUGGUUUGAACAUACAUGCGAACGAGUUCGCCUUUGAGGAAUCUGUUUCAACUGGUGAGAUUGACAGAAAGAUCCAGUCCCCGCUAGACAAGGUUGAGAAGUUCAAGAGCAUCAGAAGCGACGCGGACAGCACGGUGCCAUUCCUGUCUGUUUACAUCGGAGACUCGGCCGGUGAUUUGCUCUGCUUAUUGGAGGCAGAUAUCGGUAUCGUCGUUGGGUCAAGCACAAGCUUGCGUAGAGUGGGCAGACAGUUCGGUGUUUCCUUUGUCCCGUUGUUUCUCGGUCUAGUGGAGAAGCAGAGGCAACUGAUGGAUGAAGAUGCGUCCGUGUUCAAGCCGCGGUCUGGAGUCCUUUAUACGGUCUCUAGCUGGUCAGAAAUACACGCCUUCGUGCUGGGAAGCGAUUUCAGCUGAUGGAUCUGCUGCUUCUUUUCUCCAUCUUUUUCCCCUUGAGAAGCAAAAAAGCUUUUGCCGGUUGAUUCUGAUGCAUACGAUGCGUGAAUCCUAAUGUGGUCAUUUUAUGAAAGCCACAUGUCGAUUCUGGCUACCACUAUGUAUGAAUGAAUACCUGUAGUUUGUGGUGUGGAA